UUUAAAACAAUUAAUAACCUUAGACCCAAAAACCCUUUUUCCUUUCCAGGUUCUUGACUCCUCUGACCCUCUGACCUCUGACCCUUUUUCUUCAAUCUUUUUUCUUAACUCACCUCUGAUUCGUCUCUUUCUUCUCUAAUUUCUUCAUGACUCCCCUCUAACCCUCUGAUUUCAUCCCUGGUUUGAUUCAAUUCUUCCUCCAUCCUGCACCAGCAGCUUCGAUACCAGUACCACUGAUCCACAGCACCAGGCGGCAAGCAUCUUUCCCCCGGCAAAGGUUACCUUCUUCAACAGUGGCAGAUUCAUGAUUUUUUCUUGGGGGUGUCUACUUGUGCUGGAUGUUUGCAGGCUGUAGGCUGUGGUUGGUUAUAGGUAAUGGAAGUAAGUAGAGUGAUUAGGAAAUUAAGAAAGAUAUGCUUAGGGAAAAAAUUUGGGGGUACCUCUAUAUCUGCAUCCAGCCCUGAACAAGAAAACUACAUCCGCAAUGGAGCCACCUUAUUAGAGAAGCAAAUGACCCUUUUCCAGGGGAAAAGCUUCUAUAGCGAGCCACUCAGGAUAUUUUCUUACAAGGAUAUCAGACAAGCUACAAACAACUUUGACCAGGACCUUAUCAUUGGCACUGAAAUUGCUACAGUCUACAAAGGAAUCAUGGAAAAUGGGAGAGUCGCUAUCAAAGUACGUGAAGGCCUUGGUCCUACUGAGGGUAUGAUUAAUUUUUUCUUGAACCAGGUAACGAUAAAACAAGUAAUCAACCACAAGAAUGUGGUGAGACUCUAUGGCUGCUGCUUGGAAACUGAAAUACCGGUCCUGGUUUUUGAGUUUCUAUCAAACGGGACUCUCUAUGAUAAUCUUCAUAGAAGGAACCCAAACUCUUGCUCAAUCUCUUGGUCAGAUCGUGUAAGAAUUGCUGGAGAGAUAUCCUAUGCACUCUCCUACAUGCAUUUAGGUUCAUUAAAGCCUAUUGUUCAUCUGGAUGUUAAAACUAUGAACAUAUUUUUGGAUGAGCAUUUCACAGCCAAAUUAUCAAACUUUGGAUUCUCAACCCCUAUAUCCCCUGAAGAGACCGUCCACAGCUGGGCAGCCUUGGGCACAGACGGAUACAUGGACCCCGAAUACCAAGACACAUUGCGUGUCAAUGAGAAAUGUGAUGUUUAUAGCUUUGGGGUAGUGCUAAUAGAACUGUUGACAGCCAUUGAUCCCUUUGCAAUUUCAUGUGGCUUGGCUAAUUACUUUGUUCCUUUUGUAGAAGAGAACCGCUUAAACCAAGUCAUAGAUAGUAGAGUUCUCGAAGAAGGAAGCAGAGAAGAAAUUCAAGCAUUCGCAGCACUUGCAUUCAAGUGUGUUGGGAAAAAGGGAGAUGAGAGACCGACAAUGAAAGAGGUAGCCUUGGAGCUCAGGAGGAUUCACCUUCUUGUAAGAUCUUAAUAAAAAAAAAUGGCAGAACAAGUUGCUGAUUCUUAUGUGCUUAUUUGAUUUUGUGGUCUCAAUAAUUACUUGUAAUUUGGUUUGGUUUAUGAUGUGAUGUAAACUUGAUUGGAAGGUCAUUUAAUUAGGAUUUUGUUUUUGUAUGGAUUUUAUGGGACUGCAUUUCACAAUCCUAGAAAUAAAUUUUAAGAAUUACUUAAAAAUAUUAUCAUAAAUCCAAAGUUUUGGAUUAAAGCACUUGUAGGCUUGUCGCAAAAUAAUAAAAAAAUAAAAUAGAAAAAAUAAAAAAUU